ACUGCUUCAGUGGCGUGCCACCUCCGCCCCGCCUCCUCUCCUCCUCCUUACCCGCGGAUGGAGUUGUAUCCCGGCGAGCGGCGUCCCAACACGUCUUCGUAUCCGCUGCCAGCUGCCGUUGCAGCGGGAGGGAGAUGGGCAAGAAGGAGAGCAUGCUGAAGGAUGAUGCCAGAUGGAAACUGAAGAGGAGCUGCGAAUAACCCUCGGAGAAGGAUGGCCGAAGGGGGAGAGGGAGAGGAGGAGAUCCAGUUCCUGCGAACGGAUGACCAGGUUGUUCUGCAGUGCACUGCCUCCAUCCUGAAGGAGCAGCAGAUUAAGCUCUGUCUGUCCUGCGAGGGCUUCGGGAACCGUCUCUGCUUCCUGGAAACCACAUCCAACGCUCAGAAUGUGCCCCCGGACCUGGCCAUAUGCAGCUUUGUUCUGGUGCAGUCCCUGUCGGUCCGCGCUCUACAGGAGAUGCUGGCCAACACGGUGGAGAUGACUGAGUCGUCCCAAGGUGGGGGUCAUCGCACCUUACUGUACGGUCACGCCAUCCUUCUGAGACACUACCACUCAAGCAUGUACCUGAGCUGUUUGACUACCUCUCGGUCGCUCACAGACAAGCUGGCCUUUGACGUGGGCUUACAAGAAGACGCCACUGGUGAAGCAUGUUGGUGGACCAUCCAUCCAGCCUCCAAGCAAAGGUCAGAAGGUGAAAAGGUCAGGGUGGGUGAUGACCUCAUCCUGGUCAGCGUGUCCUCUGAGAGAUACCUGCACCUGUCCUACGCCAGUGGGGAUCUGAUGGUGGAUGCCUCCUUCAUGCAGACUCUGUGGAACAUGAAUCCAAUCACUUCAGGAUGCGAACUCGCUGAGGGGUUUCUGACAGGAGGCCACGUUCUCAGGCUGUUCCACGGCCACAUGGACGAGUGUCUGGCCAUCGCUGCUCCAGAGGAAGGAGAGGACAAGCGCAGGAUGGCUCACUAUGAAGGCGGUGCUGUGUGCAGUCAGGCUCGUUCACUGUGGAGGUUGGAGCCUCUCAGAAUCAGCUGGAGCGGUAGCCACAUGAAGUGGGGUCAGUCUUUCCGUAUCCGUCACAUCACAACAGGCCGGUACCUGUGUCUGGAUGAGGAUAAGGGUCUGUUGGUGGUCGACCCAGAGAGGGCCAACACCAAACUCUCCGCUUUCUGCUUCCGUGCUACAAAGGAGAAGGUGGAGGUGGCUCAGAAGCGCGAUGUUGAGGGGAUGGGCAUUCCAGAGAUCAAAUACGGAGAGUCCAUGUGCUUUGUCACGCAUGUGUCCACAGGCCUGUGGCUCACAUAUGCCGCCCUGGAUGCCAAAGCGGCUCGUUUGGGGAUGAUGAAGAGAAAGGUCAUUCUGCACCAGGAGGGCCACAUGGACGAUGCCCUCACUGUGUCCCGCUCCCAAAAUGAAGAGUCUCAGGCUGCUCGAAUGAUUUUCAGCACUAUGGGCCUCUUCAGGCAGUUCAACAAGGGCUUGGACGCCCUGAAUGGGAAGAACAAGUCACCAGGGGCUGUGUCUCUUCCUCUGGAGGGGGUCAUCCUCUCUCUUCAGGAUCUCAUCUUCUACUUUCAUCCUCCCGAGGAGGAACUGGAGCACGAGGAGAAGCAGACCAAACUUCGCUCCCUCCGCAACCGGCAGAACCUCUUCCAAGAGGAGGGGAUGAUCACCAUCGUGCUGGAGUGCAUCGACCGCCUCAACGUCUAUAACACUGCUGCCCACUUCUCUGAAUUUGCCGGGGAGGAAGCCGCAGAGUCCUGGAAGGAGAUUGUCAACCUUCUUUACGAGCUGCUGGCUUCUCUAAUCAGGGGGAACCGCUCCAAUUGUGCGUUGUUCUGUGACAACCUGGACUGGCUGGUCAGCAAGCUGGACCGCCUGGAGGCCUCCUCAGGUAUUCUUGAGGUGCUGUACUGUGUGCUAAUUGAAAGCCCUGAGGUUCUGAACAUCAUCCAGGAGAACCACAUCAAAUCCAUCAUCUCUCUCCUCGACAAGCAUGGAAGGAACCACAAGGUCCUGGAUGUCCUGCGCUCUCUUUGUGUGUGUAAUGGUGUCGCUGUGAGGUCCAACCAGAACCUCAUCACUGAAAACCUGCUUCCGGGUCGUGACCUCUUGCUGCAGACCAACAUUGUAAACUAUGUCACCAGUUUGAGACCCAACAUCUUCCUGGGUACAUGUGAGGGUUCCACGCAGUAUAAGAAAUGGUACUUUGAGAUGAUGGUAGACUACGUGGAACCCUUCGUGACGGCACAGGCCAGCCACCUGCGUGUGGGCUGGGCUAUGACCGAGGGCUACAGCCCCUACCCUGGAGGAGGAGAAGGCUGGGGAGGCAACGGUGUGGGAGAUGACCUCUACUCCUAUGGCUACGAUGGACUGGAUCUCUGGUCAGGCACCGUACCCCGCCAGGUGGCUUCACCCAGUGCACACGCCCUGGCUGCAGACGACGUCGUCAGCUGCUGCCUGGACCUGAGUGUGCCCAGCAUCUCCUUCCGUAUUAACGGCCACCCGGUUCAGGGCAUGUUUGAAAACUUCAAUGUGGACGGCCUCUUUUUCCCUGUCAUCAGCUUCUCUGCUGGAGUCAAGGUUCGGUUCCUCCUUGGCGGUCGUCAUGGCGACUUCAAGUUCAUGCCCCCGCCUGGCUACGCCCCAUGCUACGAGGCCCUGCUGCCCAGAGAUAGGAUGCGUAUUGAACCCAUCAAGGAGUACAAGCAUGACUUCCACGGCGUGCGCAACCUGCUGGGUCCCACGCUGUCCCUCACCCACACCUCGUUCACCCCCUGCCCCGUGGACACUGUUCAGAUUGUGUUGCCACCCCACUUGGAGCGCAUUCGAGAGAAGCUGGCAGAGAAUAUUCAUGAGCUCUGGGCUGUCACCCGCAUUGAACAGGGCUGGACCUACGGGAGCUUCAGAGAUGAUAAUAAGAAACUCCAUCCUUGUCUGGUGGACUUCCAGAGUCUCCCUGAACCAGAGAGGAACUACAACCUGCAGAUGUCUGGCGAGACUCUCAAGACUCUCCUGGCUCUGGGUUGCCACGUCGGUAUGGGUGACGAGAAAGCAGAGGAGAAUCUCAAGAAGAUCAAGCUGCCCAAGACCUAUGUGAUGAGCAAUGCAUACAAGCCUGCCCCCCUUGACCUCAACCAUGUCAAACUGACACCAAACCAGAACCAGCUUGUAGAAAAACUGGCAGAAAAUGGACAUAACGUUUGGGCAAGGGACCGGGUACGACAAGGAUGGACCUACAGUAUUGUUCAGGACAUCAUGAAUAAGCGAAACCCUCGUCUGGUACCUUACAACCUGCUGGACGAGAAAACUAAGAAAACCAACCGAGACAGCGUCAACAACGCCGUCCGCACCCUCAUCGGCUACGGCUACAACAUCGAGCCUCCGGAUCAGGAGAGCAGUAAGUCGAAAUUUAUUUAUUUAAUCCUGAAUCUCAUUGACAUCUCAAACAACACCCGCGGAGACAAGGUGCGGAUCUUCAGGGCGGAGAGGUCGUACGCCAUCACCCAAGGGAAGUGGUACUUUGAGUUCGAGGCUGCGACCACAGGGGAGAUGCGAGUGGGCUGGGCACGACCUAGUGUCCGCUCUGACACUGAACUGGGAGCAGAUGAACUGGCCUACGUCUUUAACGGCAACAAGGCUCAAAGAUGGCAUAUUGGCAAUGAUCCCUUUGGUCGCCAGUGGCUGUCUGGCGAUGUCGUCGGCUGUAUGAUUGACCUGACUGAGAUGAACAUCAUGUUCACACUCAACGGAGAAAUGCUGAUCAGUGACUCGGGCUCGGACAUGGCGUUCAAAGAUAUCGAAAUUGGGGAAGGUUUUAUUCCGGUGUGUGCCCUGGGCCUGUCUCAGGUUGGAAGGAUUAAUCUUGGGCAGAACGUCAGCAGCCUGCGCUACUUUGCCAUCUGUGGCCUGCAGGAAGGAUUCGAGCCUUUUGCCAUCAACAUGAAGCGAGACACGACCAUGUGGUUCAGUAAAAGUUUGCCCCAGUUCGUGCCUUUACCCACCGAUCACAACCAUGUUGAGGUCUCCCGCGUGGACGGAACUGUGGACAGCGCCCCGUGCCUGAAGCUGACCCAUCGGACCUUUGGCUCGCAGAAUGCCAACACAGAUAUGAUGUUCCUCCGACUCAGCAUGCCUGUCCAGUUCCACGAGACCUUCAAGUUCCAGGCAGGCACGACCCCUCUCACCCGUGCCCUCACCAUACCCGAGGAGGAAGUGGUAGUGGUGGAGCCCGACUCCGAGUUUGAGGUUCUGAAGAAGUCGGCCAGCCGCAAAGAGCAGGACGAUGACAAGACGGAGCCGUCUGUAGCGAAGGAGCUCUCUGUGGAAAAUGAGAAGGACACAGUGUCAGAAAAGGGAAAGAAAAAAGGAUUCUUCUCCAAGGCCAAGAAGGUUGCCAUGACGCCUCUUGCCCCUCCUCCUGCUCCUCCGAUGGUGCCACGUUUGGUGGAAGAUGUGGUCCCUGACGACAGAGAUGACCCUGAGUUCAUCCUGAAUACCACCACUUAUUACUACUCAUUGAGGAUCUUUGCUGGGCAGGAGCCGUCCGGUGUUUGGGUUGGCUGGGUCACUCCUGACUACCACCAGUAUGAUCCGACCUUUGACCUCUCCAAAGUGCGCAGUGUCACCGUUACUGUGGGAGAUGACAGAGGCAACAUACAUGACAGUAUGAAGCACAGUAACUGUUACAUGGUGUGGGGCGGGGACCUGGUCAGCAAUCAUCAGACUCGCUUCAGCCAGGAGGACAUGGUAGUCGGCUGCUUGGUCGACCUGGCCACAGGCCUCAUGACCUUUACAGCCAACGGAAAAGAGAUUAACGCCUUCUACCAGGUGGAGCCCAACACCAAGCUGUUUCCUGCCGUCUUUGUUCAGCCCUCCAACCAGAACAUGGUGCAGCUGGAGCUGGGCAAACUCAAGAACAUUAUGCCCAUCUCGGCUGCAAUGUUCCACAGCGAGCGCAACAACCCGGUCCCCCAGUGCCCUCCCAGGCUGGAUGUCCAGAUGCUGACCCCGGUUAUCUGGAGUCGUAUGCCCAAUCACUUCCUCAACCCGGAGGUGGGCAAAGUGAGCGAGCGGUUGGGCUGGAUGGUGGAGUGCACUGAGCCUCUCAUCAUGAUGGCUUUGCACAUCCCGGAGGAGAACAGGUGUAUCGACAUCCUGGAGCUGUCGGAGCGUCAGGAUCUGAUGAAGUUCCACUACCACACCCUCAUGCUCUACUGCGCCGUGUGUGCUCUCGGCAACAACCGGGUGGCCCACGCCCUGUGCAGCCACGUGGAUGAGUCCCAGCUUUUCUACUCCACCGAGAACACGUACCUGCCCGGACCGCUCCGCAGCGGCUACUACGACCUGCUCAUCAGCAUUCACCUGGAGUCUGCCAAGCGGGCACGCCUGGGCACCAACCGGGAGUUUAUCGUCCCAAUGUCUGCUGAGACGCUCAGCAUUCACCUCUAUCCCGAUGCAAAAAAGGCCCACUCUCUCCCCGGCGUUGGCCUAACCACCUGCUUGCGGCCCAAGCUGCAUUUCUCCUCCAUCAACUUCGUUGGCACUGACCCUGACUUGUACACCAUCAGUCCCGUUUUCCCCCUACAGGAGCUGAAGACCAGGGCGAUUAGCAUGUUAACAGAGGCUGUGCUGGAUGGGAGCCAGGCCAUGAGGGAUCCAGUAGGAGGCAGCGUGGAGUUCCACUUUGUCCCAAUCCUGAAGCUGAUCAGUACACUACUCAUGAUGGGCAUCUUCAACGAUGAGGACACAAAGCACAUCCUCAAGAUGAUCGAUCCACAUGUUUUCAGUGGAAAGAAGGAGGAGGAGGAGGAGAAAGAAGAUGCUGAGCCUAAGGAUGAAAGAGAGGUGGAUGAGAAGGAGGAGGGAGAGACCAAAGGAGUAAAGGUGGAUGGAGAGAAGGCAGAGGAGGAGAAGGAGGCCGAGGCAGUGGAGGUAGAAGUGAAAGAUGAAGAGGAGGGUCUGGAGGAAGGAUUGCUUCAGAUGAAGCUACCAGAGUCCGUCAAACUGCAGAUGUGCACACUGCUGCAGUACUUCUGCGACUGCGAGCUGCGUCACAGAGUGGAGGGCAUCGUGGCCUAUUCCGACCAGUUUGUCAAUGAUAUUCAAAAGAACCAACGUGUGCGCUACAACCUGUUAAUGAGAGCCUUCACCAUGUCGGCUGCUGAGACUGCACGCAAGACCCGCGAGUUCCGUUCACCACCGCAGGACCAGGUUAUCUUGCUGACCAACUUCAAGCACAGUCCAGAGGAUGAGAACAGUCCAGUGCCCGAGGAGGUGCGGGACACUCUGGCAGAGUUUCACAAUGACCUCCUGCUUCACUGCGGUAUACAUAUCGAGGAGGAGGCGGAGGAGGAGGAGGUGGACACCUCGCUGAGGGGCAGACUCAUCAGUUUAGCUGAUAAGAUCAAGAGCUUGCGCAAGAAGAAGGAGGAGGAGGAGAAGCCGGAGGUCGAGGAGGAAGCAAAGCCCAGCAGCCUUCAGGAACUAAUCUCCCACACCAUGAUCCACUGGGCCCAGGAGUCGUUCAUUCAGAACCCUGAGCUGGUGCGCUUGAUGUUCAGCCUGCUCCACCGGCAGUACGACGGCCUCGGCGAGCUGAUCCGAGCGCUGCCCAAAGCCUACGCCAUCAACGCCGUGUCUGUCCAGGACACCAUGGACCUACUCGAGUGCUUGGGACAGAUCCGUUCACUGCUCAUCGUCCAGAUGGGCCCAGAGGAGGAGCGGCUCAUGAUCCAGAGCAUCGGGAACAUCAUGAACAACAAGGUGUUCUACCAACACCCCAAUCUGAUGAGAGCUCUUGGUAUGCACGAGACUGUCAUGGAAGUGAUGGUCAAUGUGCUGGGCGGAGGAGGAGACUCCAAGGAGAUUCGAUUCCCCCAAAUGGUGACCAACUGCUGCCGUUUCCUGUGCUACUUCUGUCGCAUCAGCCGACAGAACCAGCGCUCCAUGUUUGACCAUCUGAGCUACCUGCUGCAGAAUAGCGGCAUCGGCUUGGGCAUGCGUGGGUCCACACCUUUGGAUGUGGCUGCGGCUUCUUGCAUUGACAACAAUGAGCUGGCCUUGGCGCUACAAGAGCAGGACCUGGAAAUGGUGGUGACGUACCUGGCGGGCUGCGGCCUCCAGAUGUGUCCAAUGCUCCUCUCUAAGGGCUACCCUGACAUCGGCUGGAACCCCUGUGGAGGAGAGAGAUACCUGGACUUCCUCCGCUUUGCUGUCUUUGUUAACGGGGAGAGCGUGGAAGAGAACGCCAACGUAGUGGUGCGUCUGCUCAUCCGGCGGCCCGAGUGCUUCGGCCCGGCCCUGAGAGGAGAGGGCGGGAAUGGUCUGCUGGCUGCCAUGGAGGAGGCCAUCAAGAUCUCAGAGGAUCCAGCGAGGGAUGGACCCACAGUCAAGAAAGACAGGCGCUUCAUGUUCGGUGGCGAGGAACAGCAAGAGGAGAACCGUGUACAUCUGGGAAAUGCAAUCAUGUCCUUCUACUCGGCCCUCAUCGAUCUGCUGGGUCGCUGCGCCCCUGAGAUGCACCUGAUCCAAGCAGGUAAGGGUGAAGCUCUCAGGAUCAGGGCCAUCCUGAGGUCUCUGGUUCCCAUAGAGGAUCUGGUGGGAGUCAUCAGCCUAUCCGUCCAGAUUCCUGCAUACGGGAAAGAUGGGCAGAUCAUUGAGCCUAAGAUGUCCGCCAGUUUUGUGCCAGACCACAAGGCCUCCAUGGUGCUGUUCCUCGACAGAGUGUACGGCAUCGACAACCAGGACUUCUUGCUUCAUGUGCUAGAGGUCGGCUUCCUGCCUGACAUGAGAGCUGCAGCCUCUCUGGACACGGUGUCAUUUAGUACGACUGAAAUGGCCCUGGCGCUGAACCGCUACCUCUGUUCGGCUGUACUACCUCUCCUCACCAAGUGCGCCCCGUUGUUUGCUGGGACCGAACACCGGGCCAUCAUGAUCGACUCCAUGCUCCACACCAUCUACCGCCUGUCCCGCGGCCGAGCCCUCACCAAGGCUCAGAGGGACGUCAUCGAGGAGUGCCUCAUGUCACUCUGCAAGUUCCUUCGACCCUCCAUGCUGCAGCAUCUGCUGAGACGGCUGGUGUUUGAUGUGCCCAUCCUCAACGAAUAUGCAAAGAUGCCUCUCAAGCUGUUGACCAAUCACUACGAGCGUUGCUGGAAGUACUACUGCUUGCCUAAUGGAUGGGCUAAUUUCGGGGUGACCUCAGAGGAGGAGCUACAUCUGUCUCGUAAACUCUUUUGGGGAAUCUUGGAAUCUCUGGCGCACAAGAAAUACGACACAGAGCUCUUCAAGAUCGCCAUGCCGUGCCUCUGUGCUAUAGCAGGAGCCAUCCCGCCCGACUACGUGGAUGCCACCUACUCCUCUCACGUGGAGAAGAAGGCCUCUGUGGAUGCGGAAGGCAACUUUGACCCCAAACCAGUGGAGACCACCAACACCAUCAUCCCAGAGAGGCUGGAUGCCUUCAUCAACAAGUUUGCAGAGCACACUCAUGACAAAUGGGCCUUUGAGAAGAUUCAGAACAACUGGACCUACGGAGAGGUGUUGGAUGAGAACGCGAAGUCUCACCCAAUGCUGCGGCCCUACAAAACCUUCUCUGAAAAGGACAAGGAGAUUUAUCGGUGGCCUAUCAAAGAGUCCGUCAAAGCCAUGCUGGCCUGGGAGUGGACCUUGGAUAAAGCCAGGGACGGGGAGGUAGAAGUGGAGAAGAAGGCCGCCACACGCAAGAUCUCCCAAACUGCUCAGGCCACUUAUGAUCCCAGUCACGGCUACAACCCUCAGCCAAUAGAUAUCGCAGGAAUGGCCCUGUCCAGAGAGCUGCAGUCUAUGGCCGAGCAGCUGGCUGAGAACUACCACAACACCUGGGGCAGGAAGAAGAAGCUGGAGCUUCAGGCCAAAGGUGCUGGCACCCAUCCUCUGCUGGUGCCGUAUGACACCCUGACCGCCAAGGAGAAGGCCAGGGACAGGGAGAAGGCCCAGGACCUGCUCAAGUUCCUCCAGCUCAAUGGAUAUGCUGUGACAAGGGGACUGAAGGACAUGGAGCAGGACAUUUCCUCCAUUGAGAAGCGCUUCGCCUAUGGCUUCCUCCAGAAGCUUCUUAAAUGGAUGGACAUUGCCCAGGAGUUCAUUGCUCAUCUCGAGGCUGUGGUCAGCAGUGGAAGAGUGGAGAAGUCGCCACAUGAACAAGAGAUCAAAUUCUUUGCCAAGAUCCUCUUGCCGCUAGUCAAUCAAUACUUCAAGAACCACUGCCUGUACUUCCUCUCCACUCCCGCUAAAGUCUUGGGGAGUGGAGGGCAUUCCUCCAACAAGGAGAAGGAGAUGAUUGCAAGUAUCUUCUGUAAGUUGGCUGCUUUGGUGAGGCACAGAGUUUCUCUUUUUGGAACGGAUGCAGGCGCAGUGGUAAACUGUCUGCACAUCCUCUCACGCUCGCUGGAUGCCAGGACUGUUAUGAAAUCGGGCCCUGAGAUUGUGAAGGCCGUCCUGCGCCAGUUCUUUGAGAGUGCUGCCGAUGACAUUGAGAAGAUGGUCGAGAACCUGAAACUGGGCAAAGUGUCCAGUCGGAACCAGGUUAAGGGUGUGGCCCAGAACAUCAACUACACCACCAAUGCCCUGCUGCCAGUCCUCACCUCACUGUUCGACCACAUUGCCCAGCACCAGUUUGGGGACGACGUCAUGUUGGACGACCUGCAAAUAUCCUGCUACCGUUUGAUGUGCAGUAUCUACUCUCUGGGCACAGUGAAGACUCCACAUGUAGAUAAACAGCGACCGGCUCUUGGCGAGUGUCUGGCCCACUUAGCAGCGGCUAUGCCGGUGGCCUUCCUUGAGCCAUCACUGAAUGAGUUCAACAUGUUUUCUGUAUAUACCACCAAGACUCCCAGAGAGAGAACCAUUCUGGGUCUUCCCAACCAAGUAGAGGAGCUGUGCACGGACAUCCCAGAGCUGGAGGUCCUGAUGAAGGAGAUCCACAACCUGGCUGAGUCCGGGGCUCGCUACAAAGAAAUGCCCCACGUGAUUGAGAUCACCCUGCCCAUGUUGUGCAAUUACCUCCCCCGCUGGUGGGAGAGGGGCCUGGAGAACUUCCCCGAGCUGGAGGGCCAGCUGUGCACCUCCAUAACCUCCGAGCAGCUGAACCAGCUGCUGGGAAGCAUCAUGAAGAUUGUGGUUAACAACCUGGGCAUAGACGAGGCCUCCUGGAUGAAGAGGUUGGCAGUGUUCGCCCAGCCCAUUGUCAGCCGGGCUAAACCGGAGAUGCUUAAAUCCCACUUCAUCCCCACCAUGGAAAAGCUGAAGAAGCGCACAGGCAAAGUGGUGGCUGAGGAGGAUCAGCUGCGCAUGGAGGGCAAGAUAGAGGUGGACAGCGAAAACGGGACCAUCAGGGACGAGUUCGCUGUGCUGUGUCGGGACCUGUAUGCUCUCUACCCCUUGCUCAUCCGCUACGUGGACAAUAACAGGGCAAGGUGGUUGACCUGUCCAGACCCAGAUGCAGAGGAGCUUUUCAGGAUGGUGGGAGAGGUCUUCAUUUUCUGGUCCAAAUCUCACAACUUUAAGAGGGAGGAGCAGAACUUUGUGGUGAUGAAUGAGAUCAACAACAUGUCCUUCCUGACCGCUGACAGUAAGAGCAAGAUGAGCAAGGCCGGAGAUGGAGAGUCUGGAGGAUCAGAGCAGGAGCGUACCAAGAAGAAGCGGCGUGGGGAUCGCUACUCCGUGCAGACCUCCCUCAUCGUUGCAGCGUUAAAGAAGAUGCUUCCUAUCGGCCUCAACAUGUGCUCCCCUGCCGACCAGGAGCUCAUCAACCUCGCCAAGAUCAGAUACUCACUGAGAGACACAGAUGAAGAAGUGAGGGAGUUCUUGCACAACAAUCUGCAUCUGCAGGGCAAGGUGGAGGACCCCGCUAUGCGCUGGCAAAUGUCCCUGUAUAAGGAGUUAUCCGGAAAGGCUGAGGAUGCCGAGGAGCCUGAGAAGGUGGUAAAGAGGGUUCAAGAGGUGUCUGCUGUCCUUUACCACAUUGAGGUGACGGAGCAUCCCUUCAAGUCGAAGAAAAUGGUGUGGCACAAGCUGCUGUCCAAACAGCGCCGCAGGGCCGUGGUGGCCUGUUUCAGGAUGACGCCCCUGUACAACGUCCCCGCGCACAGGGCAACCAACAUGUUCUUAGACGCCUACAAACGCAACUGGCUAGAAACUGAAGGUUACUCAUUUGAGGACAAGAUGAUCGACGACUUGUCAAAAGCCAUGGAGGUAGAGGAGGAAGAGGAAGAGGAGACCGAGACCAAGCCUGACCCCCUUCAUCAGCUGAUUCUUCAUUUCAGCCGCACAGCUCUCACAGAGAAGAUGAAACUUGACGUUGACCAUCUCUAUAUGUCUUAUGCUGAUAUUAUGGCAAAGAGCUGCCAUAUGGGUGAGGAGGACGAAGGGGGAGAUCAGGAGGGGGAGGAGCCAGCCUUUGAGGACAAGGAGAUGGAGAAACAGAGGCUUCUGUACCAGCAGUCGCGCCUACACAACCGAGGGACUGCAGAGAUGGUGCUGCAGAUGAUCAGUGCCUGUAAAGGUGAACCUGGAGCCAUGGUUUCUUCCACACUCAAACUGGGAAUCUCCAUCCUCAAUGGAGGUAACUGUGAUGUGCAGCAGAGAAUGCUGGACUAUCUGAAGGAUAAAAAGGAUGUGGGAUUCUUCCUGAGCGUUCAGGCUCUGAUGCAGACCUGCAGCGUUUUGGAUUUGAAUGCCUUUGAGAGACAAAACAAGGCCGAGGGACUUGGGAUGGUUUCAGAGGAAGGCACGAAUGAGAAAGUGAUGGCGGACGAUGAAUUCACGUGUGACCUCUUACGUUUCCUGCAGCUUCUUUGUGAGGGCCACAAUAAUGAUUUCCAGAACUACUUGAGAACUCAGACAGGCAGCACCACGACCAUCAACAUCAUCAUCUGCACUGUGGACUACCUGCUGCGACUUCAGGAGUCGAUCAGUGACUUUUACUGGUACUACUCAGGAAAAGACAUUAUCGAUGAACCCGGGAAGAGGAAUUUCUCCAAAGCAAUGACGGUGGCCAAGCAGGUCUUCAACAGCUUGACUGAGUACAUCCAGGGUCCCUGUACUGGGAACCAGCAGUCUCUGGCCCACAGCAGGUUGUGGGACGCCGUCGUGGGCUUCCUGCACGUCUUCGCUCACAUGAUGAUGAAACUUGCUCAGGACUCCAGUCAAAUUGGACUGUUGAAGGAGCUGUUGGAUCUGCAGAAGGACAUGGUGGUGAUGCUUCUGUCUCUGCUUGAGGGCAACGUGGUGAACGGCACCAUCGCCCGGCAGAUGGUGGACAUGCUGGUGGAGUCCUCCAGCAACGUGGAGAUGAUCCUCAAGUUCUUCGACAUGUUCCUCAAGCUCAAGGACAUCGUCGCGUCCGACGCCUUCCGGGACUACGUGACCGACCCCCGAGGGCUCAUCUCCAAGAAGGACUUCUCCAAGGCCAUGGACAGCCAGAAGCAGUACUCUCCCUCAGAAAUCCAGUUCCUCCUCUCCUGCUCGGAGGCCGACGAGAACGAGAUGAUCAACUUUGAGGAAUUCGCCGAUCGUUUCCAAGAGCCGGCGAAAGACAUCGGCUUCAAUAUCGCCGUACUGCUCACAAACCUGUCGGAGCACGUGCCCCACGACACCCGCCUUCAGAACUUCCUGGGGCAGGCCGAGAGCGUGCUCAACUACUUCCGCCCUUACCUCGGCCGCAUUGAGAUCAUGGGAGCCAGCAGGAAGAUUGAGCGCAUCUACUUUGAAAUCAGCGAGGCGAACCGCAACCAGUGGGAAAUGCCGCAGGUCCGAGAGUCCAAGCGGCAGUUCAUCUUCGACGUGGUCAACGAAAUCGGGGAGAGCGAGAAGAUGGAGAUGUUUGUGAACUUCUGCGAGGACACUAUCUUUGAGAUGAACAUCGCCGCUUCGAUCUCUGAGCCCGAGGGAGACGGGGCAGAAGAGGAGGAUGACGAGGAGGAAGAGGAGAGCGGCGGAGAUCAGGUCGAGGCUCUGGAGGGCGAUGAGGAAAAUGGAGAAGAAGCAGCUCCAGUGUCCGCCUCGGCCUUUGCGGACUUCCUGAAGAGCGUGGGUGACUUCUUCAACAUGUUCACCUUCCGUAACCUGCGGCGUCGCUACCGCAAACUAAGAAAAAUGACCGUGAAGGAGAUGGUGAUCGGCCUGGCCACGUUUAUCUUCACGGUCGUGAUGGGUAUCCUGAUGUUCGUGUAUGGCAUAUGCAAGGGCUUCUUCACGCUCAUAUGGAAGGUGCUGUUCGGCGGAGGCUUAGUGGAGGGCGCCAAGAAGAUGACGGUGACGGAGAUCCUAGCCAGCAUGCCAGAUCCCACGCAGGACGAAGUUCACGGGGAUCUGCCACCUGAACCGGGGGCGCGAGAAAUACAAGACGCAGAUGGAGUGUCGGACCUCUUGGAUGCUGUGGGGGGAGAGGAGGAAGAGGAGGAUAGCGAGGAGCGAGGAGAAGGUGGACGCCUGCCCGGUUUCAAUGCUCCCGGAGGACUCGGAGACUUUGGCGAGACGACAGCAGAGGAGCCUCCGACUCCCGAGGGCACGCCGCUGCUGAAGAGGAAAUUGAUGGAAGCCGCGGUGGGAGAACCAGGAGAGGAACAGCAACCUGUUCAGCCUGAAGAAGAGGCUCCUCAGGAAACCGAGAAAGCAGACACCGAGAAUGGAGAGAAGGAGAAGGAAGAGAAGGCCAAGCCUGAACCCGAGGUAAAGGAGGAGGAGCCCGAGGUGAAAGAGGAAAAGACAGUGAAGACGAAGGCGAAGAAGGACAAGAAGGUGGCUGAGGAGGGCUUCGAGCUGUGGAAUGAGCUGGAGGUUCUGAGGAUUAAAUAUAUGAACUACCUUUCUCGCAACUUUUACAACCUUCGGUUCUUGGCCCUGUUUAUCGCCUUCGCUCUCAAUUUCAUCCUGCUCUUCUACAAGGUGUCUGAAAGUCCUCCAGGUGAGGAGGACCCGUCUGAGGGUUCUGGUCUGUUUGAGGGCUCUGGCCUGUUUGAAGGCUCCGGUGCCGAGGAGGAUGGGUCCGGAUUAGAUGACGUAGGAGGAGAAGAUGACGAAGAGGAGGGUACUUUGUACUACUUCCUGGAAGAGAGCACAGGCUACAUGGAGCCGGCUAUGGCUUUCUUUGGCUUCAUCCACACUAUUAUCUCCUUCCUCUGCAUCAUCGGCUACAACUGCCUCAAGGUCCCUCUGGUUAUCUUCAAGAGAGAGAAGGAGCUGGCCAGAAAGCUGGAGUUUGAUGGUGUCUACGUCACUGAGCAGCCUGAGGAAGACGACAUCAAGGGCCAGUGGGACCGACUGGUGCUCAACACUCCAUCUUUCCCAAACAAUUACUGGGACAAGUUUGUGAAAAGAAAGGUGCUGGAUAAAUAUGGUGACAUCUACGGCAGAGAGAGGAUCGCGGAGCUGCUCGGUAUGGACUUGGCUUCUCUGGACGUCAGUGCCAUGACUCAUGAAAAGAAGCCUGAACCCGACACCUCAAUGUUGAGCUGGGUCACGGCUAUUGACAUCAAGUACCAGAUCUGGAAGUUUGGUGUUAUUUUCACCGACAAUACCUUCCUCUACCUCGUCUGGUACAUGUUGAUGUCUCUGCUCGGACACUACAACAACUUCUUCUUCGCGGCUCAUCUUCUGGACAUCGCCAUGGGGGUCAAAACCCUGCGCACCAUUCUGUCCUCCGUCACCCACAACGGCAAACAGCUGAUGAUGACGGUGGGUUUGCUGGCCGUGGUGGUGUACCUGUACACCGUGGUGGCGUUUAACUUCUUCCGCAAGUUCUACAACAUGAGCGAGGACGAGGACGAGCCGGACAUGAAGUGUGACGACAUGAUGACGUGUUACCUGUUCCACAUGUACGUUGGCGUGCGCGCUGGUGGUGGCAUCGGAGAUGAAAUUGAGGACCCGGCCGGUGACGAAUACGAGCUCUACCGAGUGGUCUUUGACAUUACCUUCUUCUUCUUCGUCAUCGUCAUCCUGCUGGCUAUCAUCCAGGGUUUGAUCAUCGACGCCUUUGGAGAGCUGAGAGACCAGCAGGAGCAGGUCAGGGAGGACAUGGAGACAAAGUGCUUCAUCUGUGGAAUUGGAAGCGACUACUUUGACACGACGCCGCACGGCUUCGAGACGCACACCUUAGAAGAACAUAACUUAGCCAACUACAUGUUCUUCCUGAUGUAUCUCAUAAAUAAAGAUGAAACGGAACACACAGGGCAGGAGUCCUACGUGUGGAAGCUAUACCAGGAGCGAUGCUGGGACUUCUACCCGGCUGGAGACUGCUUCCGGAAGCAGUAUGAGGAUCAGCUCGGAUAACCUCCUGCACCCUUAACGCCUGAGGGAGGAGGAGAGGAGAGGAGGGAGGAGGGGAAGAUACCAAAUGUAGACUCUGAACACAUCUAUUUUCUUAGUUUCUCCUAACUUGAAGCUAUGCACACUUUGACUGCACUGCUGUACCACCUGCAGCACAAUGCCGAUGAGAGAGAAUGGAGUAGAGCAGAAGAAGAUUAUCAACAGGCAUAAAAAGACAGGGGCCUUUUUAUUGCGCUAUGAAAACACGACAUGGCCUUUUUGGUGUAAAAUAUAUAUAGACUGCCUUGCGUAUCAGUGCAUUUAUACAAAACGGGCUCUUUCAGUCGCUACUGCUGUAAACGUUUUAGUGCCUAUAGCAAUGUCACUGCUUUUUAGCUCAGAUUAGAGUGCAUAUGUUUUAUUCAUGUUUGUACUGUUGGGAGAUUUUAGUUUUAUUUUUUGUAUGUGGUUGCUGCCUUUCGAUAUUUCCUUUAUGGAGUUUCAAUGAGAGCGAGCGUUUUGAAACCGAAUAAUUCAGCUGCUCAAAGUCGUAUCUCAGAGAUCCUCGAGGGAGCAGCAAAGGUUUCAGGCCUUUUCUCGCUUCCUUUUCUUCUUUUCUCUCCCUCACGAAAGAAAACUAGUCUACAGACAAGCGAUCGUGACUGGAAACUCGCCGAGAUAAUAAAGUGUAUGUACGAUGCACGCCGGUGUGAAUCGGCUGUCUAGACAAACCCAUGUUGCACUCUGAAGUCUUACAAGGUGGUCCCCGGUCCGCUGGUCUCUGUGCCAUACAAGGUAAUGAUGAUGGACACACAUGCAGUAGAGGAGGAGGCCAAGGGUAUUUAUUUCUUGUUUAUAUGCAGAUCAGAUCUUCUGAAGACGACCGUUUUAGCCCGUCUGUAUUUCUGGCCAACAGUCUGUUUUAUGACACUUUAUGCACAAAUAAGAUUUUGUCUGUGCAUUGGAAUAACUAGUGAAUGUAUUUGAUGUGUACAUCUUGGCCACCGCGUCAUGUGUAUAACGGAGUAAGGUCUGGGCUGCUUAGAGGCCUUUUAUUGAAGAGACGUAUUUUACAUAAAUCAUAGAUGCAUAUAUUUAUUUUUCUUUAGGGAUUUGAGGAACUUGAGCAAUCGUUCUUCUCCGUCGGACUUGAACACGUUGCGUGUUGCUGAUUGUGCAAAGACCCGCUCUCACACUGAAGUUAAUGCCCAGUUUGCAGUCAGAAGAGCACAUUUUGGUUUUGCUAGUUAGGUUUUUACGAUAGAUCGCUUCUUUUCUCCAAGUCACGUGCGAUGCUUCCAUCUCAGGCGGCCCCGCCCCACUCAUUGUUUUACAGGCUACUCGCAUCGAAUGUCUCGACCCACUUUGUCAGAGGCAGAGCGAUUUGUUGUUUGCCGAUGACUCUGAGGUGUGUAGCUGCCGCUAUGGUCCACGCGGAGGCCGCUGACUGGAGAUGUCUA